UUUUUCGAUACCCAUUUCCUCUUGUCCACUCCUACUCUAUUCAGUAUUCACACUCUCUCCAGCUCAUCACUUUCUCUCCACCGCCAUUUCCCUCGCCGGAAAACCUCCAUUUUCCGACGAAAUCCCUAAUUAUCUUAUGCUGCAAAACCCUAAUAAUUCCCCUCACAACUCAAAUUAACCUAAAAAUGUCGAUAUACGAUGCCGCAUUUGUAAACUCAGAGUUAUCAAAACCCACUUCAAUCUUCGGUCUUCGUUUAUGGGUUGUCAUCGGAAUCUUUGUAGGGUCCACAAUCGUACUCCUACUCUUCCUUCUAUCUCUAUGCUUGACUUCUCGCAAGUCCCACAAAAAUAAGCUCAGUAACGGGAAUAAUGCUGUACCUGCUGACGUCACUCCUCCGAUCUCUAAGGAAAUUCAAGAGAUAAUCCCUGCCGUUCAUCAUCAUCGUCAGAUCAAUGGUCCUCCUGAGAUCCAGAUCGAUAUCGGAAAACCUGAACAUCGUGUUGUGUUUUCUGAUAAGGCUCCGUCAAGUGGGGAAAGUUUGAGGUCUAAUAAUGUUUACAAUUAUGGUAGUGAUAAUAAUCAUCAUAGUAGUAAUAAUAAUAGUGGUAGUUAUCAUCAUCAUAAUCAUAAUACGACGUCGUAUGGUGGUCCUGAAGUUUCCCAUUUAGGAUGGGGGAGGUGGUAUACUUUGAGAGAACUUGAAUUGGCUACAAAUUGUUUGGCGGAUGAGAAUGUGAUUGGUGAAGGUGGAUAUGGAAUUGUUUAUCAUGGAGUUUUGCAGGAUAAUACUCAAGUUGCUGUGAAGAAUUUGUUGAAUAACAGGGGUCAAGCUGAGAAGGAAUUUAAAGUGGAAGUUGAAGUUAUCGGACGUGUUAGACAUAAGAAUCUUGUUAGGUUGCUUGGGUACUGUGUCGAGGGGGCUUACAGGAUGCUUGUGUACGAAUAUGUUGACAACGGAAAUUUGGAUCAAUGGCUUCAUGGUGACGUCGGUGAAGUAAGCCCGCUCACAUGGGAAAUCCGUAUGAAUAUCAUUUUGGGAACAGCCAAAGGGUUGGCGUAUCUUCAUGAGGGUCUUGAACCUAAGGUUGUACAUAGAGAUAUCAAGUCUAGCAACAUACUUCUUGAUCGGCAAUGGAACUCUAAAGUUUCCGAUUUCGGCCUCGCCAAGUUGCUAGGUUCCGAGAUGAGUUAUGUAACAACUCGUGUCAUGGGAACUUUUGGAUAUGUAGCUCCAGAAUAUGCUUGUACUGGUAUGUUGACCGAGAAGAGUGAUGUCUUUAGCUUUGGAAUACUUAUUAUGGAGAUAAUUUCAGGGAGAAACCCUGUUGACUACAACCGUCCACCCGGAGAGGUGAAUUUGGUAGACUGGUUGAAGACGAUGGUGGGAAGUAGAAGAUCAGAGGAAGUAGUUGAUCCUAAACUUCCGGAGAUGCCGUCUUCUAAAGCAUUGAAACGUAUUCUUUUGGUUGCUCUCAAAUGUGUUGACCCCGAUUCGCAGAAGAGACCGAAAAUGGGGCAUGUUAUCCAUAUGCUUGAGGCUGAUGAUCUGCUCAUCCGUGACGAUCGUAGAGUCGGGAGGGAAUCUUCGACUUCUAGUCACGACUAUCCACAAGAGAAGCCGAUUGCAAUAAAACCGAAUGCUAAGCAUUUGCGGGAAGCCAGUACAGAUAAAAGCGAGGGUGAAACAAGUAGAGAUAAUCGCCUUCACCAAUCAAACAGACGAAGCUAAUUCAUAAAUGGGUACCGUCUGCCUUCAUUUUUACACUCGAAUUCUAGAAGUUCAGUUUAUCCAUUGAUUAUAUGCCCUCAUUUUUCCUCACCUUGUAACAUUAUUUCUCUAUACAAGUAAUAUAUUUUCGUCCACUAUAUUCCUUUUUAUUCAUUCAAUUUUCUCCCUUUUCAAGUAAAUUUUGCCUUAUACUUAGGAACCAUUUGUAAAGUGAGACAUUUUCUUUUUCGGAUAAAAUUAAAUUUAUUUUCAAAGAAAUUCAUUGCUUCCUAGUUUAUACCCCAUUGUAAAAUAAUUCGCCAGCUAAUGCACUUUAAGUUCGCUAUUCGUUCAAAAUGACCCAAAAUCGACCAUAAUUUGCUUUUUCGAUUUGCGAUUCGGGAUGAGAUUAUGUGAGUUUGCUUUGCUACCAAGAUUCAAUCGUAAAUAACCUCGUUGUUAUCACUAACAAGGGUAUCCCACCUGAUGACAUUGGGGUAAUGAAAUAGAAUGAUGAUUCAGGAGGAGAUCAUCAAAUCAUGCGACAUUGUUUAUAUCGUAUUUGGUUCACAUCACAUUUAAAUGCAUUAACUAAAUCUAAUUAGAGAAAAGUCAUGGUCACCAUGAUCAAAGCCUUGAUCUAUGAGUUUGUCAUUUUUAUGUAUCACCCUUGUAAAUCAACAUCACUUGUUUGCUCCAAAUGCUUGAUGGCUUACUAUGGCCAUAGUUUGUGGACCCACAAACCAGCUAACAUUGUGAUGUUGCCUUAACACACACACAAAGUCUUGCCUUUUCCCAUAUUGUGGGCACUCCUUAGCCAAAACUGAACAUUCUAAAGAACUAUUUAUGUGGCCAAUGCUUUCGAACAUCGCAGUCGAUGCCAGAACAUGAUCUGUCCAGGGACCAGAUUAAAUUAUUUCGAUUUUUCCGCCAGCGCCAUCAUCUUGAAGAAUUUGACAUCAAAGGUAUGCUUGCUAACUGGCAUUGGCAGUUUCUGGGUAAUGUUUGUCUUUUGUCUUUCAUCUUAUGAUGUUUUGUUAUAAUGCAUCCAUUCCUAUCCUUUUAGCAUGUACUCAUUAGGCAGCUUAUAGAGUUGUAGCUUCAUUUAACCGAGAAAUCGGGUAACAAGAUACAUGAACGUUACCGAUAGGGAUACGUCCUAUGUCCAUAUGAAAUUACACCGAUAUGAAAUUUAUUUUUUCUCUUCGUCUCAACCAUCAUCUUCUAUGCACUUGUAUGUUGUCCAAUUCUGCAACUAUGAAUUAUUAUUACCACUUCAAAGCCGGCCCUAGGGAGGCAAGAUGGACCUGCGCCCGGGCCCAUCCCAAAAAAACUAUAAUAAGCCUAAACCAAAUUCAUUUUUUUCAAUUUUUGGUACUCCUAUUCUUACAGUUUUACAUAAUAAUUAGGGGUCCACAAUUGUUAUCUUGUCUUGGGCCUCAUAAAACUCAAGAUUGACCUCAUCACUUCAAACAAGGGGUGUAGUUUCAUGAAGAUAGGGACAGUAUUUCUUUGUGUUUUAUAGAAAUUCGUUUUCAUCUUAAUAUUUUCUUAUUUCAUAUCUUUCGUGUAUUUAUUUUUUAUCUUAUUUUUCUGUUAUGCUAUCCGAAAAGUUUAGAAAACAACCUUAAUGUGGGUAGCAAAUAGCAAUAUCAAGGAUACCUACUACAACGGGAAUAGUACGGAUGUUCAUUCAAGAUAUUAUAAUGACUUUAAUAAGUUUUCCCUUAGGUUAAGGAAAUGAAAAAGCUCCCACAUCCUAAUCCAAUCUGAUUUAAAAUGAGUGAGAAUUUUUUGAGAUUGCUAGUGAUAGUGAUAUUUUUCUUCGCUUUCAUCUAUUUUUCAUUAUUUAGUUGAAAAACUCCCGCAUUCUAAAAUUCUAAUCCAAUAUGAUUGAAAAUGUGUGGGACUGAAAAGUAGUAUUGUCUUUUUGAGAUUACUACUAUCAUUGACAUUUCCCCUCAUUUUAACUCAUUUUGCAUUAUUUAGUAGAAAAAGCUCUCGCAUCGUAAUCCAACGUGAUUCAAAAUGAGUGGGACUAGAGAGUAACAGUGUCCCUUUGAAGUUGCUACUGACUGUGACAUUUCCUCUCACGAUAUGUUAUUUUAUUCAGCUAUUCUUGUGAGAGACCGUCUCUUAUAGAGAUGACUUCGAAACAAGAAGCCCAUAUUUUUAUUUUCUCUUUAAUUUGUAUAAAUUAAGCUAUUUAACCUGUAUAUCUAAUAUGUCUUUUGGAGAGACCGUCUUUCAUAUUUUAUUAUAGUAGCAUGUGGUUGCCUUAAUUAGAAUGCAGUGUAUACACACAUUUGUAUUUGUUUGCAUUUGGCAUUGACAAUUCAAAAGCAUGUGAAUGGUAUUAAUGGAUAGUAAUUAUAAUUUGAA